CCUAAAUAAAUCAAGUAUUCAGGACUCGAAAGUCUAAAGCCCAUUAUAACGGCUCAAUAUUCUAAUUAGGCCCAUACGCAUUGCAAAAGAAGAAGCCCAACGUCAGAGGGAUUUGCAGAUCCAUCCUCUACUCUCCUCCCAUUCAAGCGCUCUCACUCACUAGCACAAAAUUGCCUCUUGGAGCGGUAAGCAGCAAUGGUGUUGGAUUUGGAUAGUUUGCAAAAAUGGCAGCCACCGGGAAAUGCCUUCUUGUCACCGGUCCUCCUGGUGUCGGGAAAACCACAUUGAUCAUGAGAGUUGUCGAUAUGAUGAGGGCUUCCAACCCCAAACUAAAGAUCCAGGGUCUCUACACUCGUAAGCUGAGGGUACGAGGACAAAGGGUUGGUUUUCAAGUGGUCACCUUGGAUGGCCGCACAAGUUUGCUUGCUUCUUCUACUGCUUCUAGUCAAGGAUCGAUGACAUCAUCAUCAUGGCCUAGUGUUGGCAAGUACAAAGUGGACAUUGCAUCCUUUGAGUCGAUAGCAUUGCCUGAGCUACAGGUCAAAGAUGACACCCAUCUUUUCAUCAUUGAUGAAGUUGGCAAGAUGGAGAUGUUUAGCCCAUCCUUUCUUCCCGCUGUCCUCAAGGUUUUGGAAUCCAACAUUCCCUUUCUUGCUUCCAUUCCUAGCUCAAAAUUUGGUCGAGAUCUUCCUGGAGUCGCGAGGUUGAAGAACCAACCGGGAGUGACCGUAAUCAAUCUGAGUGCGAAUAACAGAGAUUCAAUGAGAAAAUAUAUCUUUGACGUUUUCUCUGGAUGGCUGCCGAAUCACUAGAAAGGUUUUGCAGCUUGUCUCAUCUCUUUUUCGAUCAACCUGUAAAGCAUCUACGUUUUCUUCUUCGUAUCAUUCUCUACGUUAAUUUAGUUAAUGAUAUAAAUGUAUGUGGUUAUUUAUGUUUCUAACCAGAAAUAUUAAUUUACUCUGCCCAAAAACCGUGAACAAUACAUACA